GUAAAAGAAGGAUUUUUUUUCCUACGUUUCCCCCUACUUUACCGGAGAGGCUGAGUGCAAAUGAUAUGAGCAAUGUCAUUAGUUUUCUCCUAAAUCUUAUGAGCCCCGCCUCCCACAGUAGUUUCACUUCUCAGUUUAAUCCGGUCUGAGUUAACUUCCUGACCCAGGAAGUGGCAGCUACAGAGGGAACUAGCAGCGAAUAUACUUCACACCAAAUCUCAGAAGAUUCAGAACUUAGAUGAGUGGGGCCCAGGACAGGAACCCUGGAGCCUUGGAAGGAGGGGAGCCCCAUCUCCCCAGAAGCACAGUAACCCCAGCAGAGAGGGGCCUGGUGUAUCACUGGAGGAAAUAGCCUGCCAAGGAAUACACAUCUUCAGAAGAAAUUGUGUGGCUUCAAGAGACUGAUCUGAUUGUGAGAGGAAAACAGCCUACCCGGUCCUCUUUUCUUCAAUACAAAAUGAGAUAAUAAGGGUUGGAAGGAAAACCUUCAAGACCUAUGGAAGUCAGUUGCAGCCGGCUCAUCACAUAGAGGUGCAGUUGAGGUGUAUUUUCAUUACGGUGGAAAAUUCUGGCUGCUUCAUCUCCAUCUCUAGAGCCAAUAUUGGAGCUUUUCAAUAAAAGCUAUGGCCUCAACCACCAGCACCAAGAAGAUGAUGGAGGAAGCCACCUGCUCCAUCUGCCUGAGCCUGAUGACGAACCCAGUAAGCAUCAACUGUGGACACAGCUACUGCCACUUGUGUAUAACAGACUUCUUUAAAAACCCAAGCCAAAAGCAACUGAGGCAGGAGACAUUCUGCUGUCCCCAGUGUCGGGCUCCAUUUCACGUGGAUAGCCUCCGACCCAACAAGCAGCUGGGAAGCCUCAUUGAAGCCCUCAAAGAGACGGAUCAAGAAAUGUCAUGUGAGGAACACGGAGAGCAGCUCCACCUGUUCUGCGAAGACGAGGGGCAGCUCAUCUGCUGGCGCUGUGAGCGGGCACCGCAGCACAAAGGGCACACCACAGCUCUUGUUGAAGAUGUAUGCCAGGGCUACAAGGAAAAGCUCCAGAAAGCUGUGACAAAAUUGAGGCAACUUGAAGACAGAUGUACGGAGCAGAAGCUGUCCACAGCAAUACGAAUAACUAAAUGGAAAGAGAAGGUACAGAUUCAGAGACAAAAAAUCCAGUCUGACUUUAAGAAUCUCCAGUGUUUCCUACAUGAGGAAGAGAAGUCUUAUCUCUGGAGGCUGGAGAAAGAAGAACAACAGACUCUGAGUAGACUGAGGGACCAUGAGGCUGGUCUGGGGCUGAAGAGCAAUGAACUCAAGAGCCAUAUCCUGGAACUAGAGGAAAAAUGUCAGGGCUCAGCCCAGAAAUUGCUGCAGAAUGUGAAAGACACUUUGAGCAGGAGUUGGGCUGUGAAGCUGGAAACAUCAGAGGCCAUCUCCUUGGAACUUCAUACUAUGUGCAAUGUUUCCAAGCUUUACUUCGAUGUGAAGAAAAUGUUAAGGAGUCAUCAAGUUAGUGUGACUCUGGAUCCAGAUACAGCUCAUCAUGAACUAAUUCUCUCUGAGGAUCGGAGACAAGUGACUCGUGGAUACACCCAGGAGAAUCAGGACACAUCUUCCAGGAGAUUUACUGCCUUCCCCUGUGUCUUGGGUUGUGAAGGCUUCACCUCAGGAAGACGUUACUUUGAAGUGGAUGUUGGCGAAGGAACCGGGUGGGAUUUAGGAGUUUGUAUGGAAAAUGUGCAGAGGGGCACUGGCAUGAAGCAAGAGCCUCAGUCUGGCUUCUGGACCCUCAGGCUGUGCAAAAAGAAAGGCUAUGUAGCACUUACUUCUCCCCCAACUUCCCUUCAUCUGCAUGAGCAGCCCCUGCUUGUGGGAGUUUUUCUGGACUAUGAGGCCGGAGUUGUAUCCUUUUAUAACGGGACUACUGGCUGCCACAUCUUUACUUUCCCAAAGGCUUCCUUCUCUGAUACUCUCCGGCCCUAUUUCCAGGUUUAUCAAUAUUCUCCUUUGUUUCUGCCUCCCCCAGAUGACUAAGGAAAAGAGCAGAAGCUCCUUGGUUUAACCAGCACAGAGAAAAUAAUGUAAAUCCCAUAAGGGCAGACGUUUGGUCUGUUUUCUUCGCUGUCAUUUCCUUAGUACUUAGACUAGUGCUGGGAUUUUAGUGGAUAUAUAAUUGAUUUAUGUUGAAUAUAUGGACUUAGCAACUAAAAAUACCACAGAUGGUUAACCUGGACUGGGGCAAAGCAAGAUAAUAGUGAUGAUUGUAGGUUGCUGUCUCCAUCUGUCUUUAAUGGGUCAGGGCUUUGAUUUCCAAGGGUCUUCAGGUGAUGAGUAGGGGUACCCACAGGUCAGAAGGUCUGCGUUCUCCUAGUUUGUUUGCUGCCAUUUGAACUCAUGUGGGGAAUGAAAGAAAGCUGCAAUUAUCCGCCAACUGCAUUUAAAACAAAACAAAACAGAAAAAUCAAAAUAACAUUGACCCUUCCAACCACUGACAUGUUUAAUAAUCUAAGCGGCAGUCCUGGAGGCUACCAGACUUACCGAGUUAUACCUGAGAAACAGCCAAGCAAAGUGUGAGAGAAGGGUUAAGACUGGCUUACAAUGAGAUGCUUCAAAUGAAAAUGGAAUGAUGAGUAAAACUGAACUUUGAUGGGGGAUUCAGUUCUGGAAAAGAAGUUGGUAUUUUCCAGUCUGCUAGGACCAAUUACCUUGAAAUAUUUUAAAAUCUCAGUAAAUAGUUAUUGCUGAAA